AUGAGACUAAAUAUCGCCAUCUUCUUUGGGGCUCUCUUUGGUGCUUUAGGGGUUUUGCUCUUUUUGGUGGCGUUUGGGUCGGACUACUGGCUUCUUGUGACAGAAGUGGGGAAAUGUUCAGGUGAACAGAAUGUAGAGAACGUGACUUUCCACCACGAGGGGUUCUUCUGGAGGUGCUGGUUCAGUGGGGCCGCGGGGGAAAAUCAGCCCGACCUCUGGAAGUUCUGGUACGGCAAUCAGCCGGCAUCCAAGACCUGCACACAUGCUUACCUGUCGCCAUACCCCUUCAUGAGAGGCGCGCACAACGCCACCGCCUAUGACUCUGCAGUCAUUUACCGUGGUUUCUGGGCUGUCCUCAUGCUCCUGGGCGUAGUCGCUGUCGUGACUGCAAGUUUCCUCAUCAUCUGUGCAGCCCCCUUUGCCAGCCAUGUUCUCUACAAGGUCGGCGGGAGCUCCUUUAUCGCUGCAGGCUUCCUGUUUUCCCUGGUGGUGGUCCUGUACGUCAUCUGGGUCCAGGCGGUGGCUGACAUGGAAAGCUACACCAGCGCGAAAGCGGAAGACUGCCUGGAUUUCACGCCUUCUGUGCUGUACGGCUGGUCGUUCUUCCUGGCCCCGGCGGGCGUGUUCUUUGCUCUGCUCUCUGGGUUACUGUUCCUCAUUGUUGGGCGGCAUAUUCAGCUACACCACUAA